AUGGGACAGGUCUGGUGUAGUCGAGUCUUGCCUCGUCGACGUAGAGGCCUUCCAGAGAACCCUUUCAUGGUACCAGCGGUCUUCGAGGAUUUGCGCAGCCGAUGGAACAAGGAACAGCUGCGAAAGGAGGUUGACGAUGAUAUCAGCUGCCUUGCCGCCCAUAGUGACUAUCCCUGGGCGGAUAUCACCAUCAUGGUUCCCGGAGAAGCCGAUGUUGAGUGCGCUCGUGUCGCCAGACUCACCGGUUGUGCAGUGUUGACGGACGACUCGGAUCUCAUGCUCCACGAUCUUGGCCCGGAUGGCGCGGUUGUAUUUCUUGACACCGUGCAAACAUCCUCAGGGAUAUGGGAUCCGGCUGAGCCAGAUAUUCGCGGAAUGAGAAUUUGCCCACGUGAAAUCUCGCGCCGAUUGGGGAUCACAAGUGUUCAGUGGCUUGCUUACGAAUUGCUAAAUAACGCUCAACUAAGUCUUGCUGAGCUCACUCGCAAGUCCAAGGACGGCACUAGGGCAACCGAGGAUUCGUCUGAAUACCGGGAAUUUCUUCGAGAAUAUCAACACGAGACUACAGAGUUCGAAGCGAUAUGCAGGGCAGGGUAUUCAGCUCGACCCUUGGAUCCGAGGGUAUCGGAGCUCUUCUGGCAGUAUGAACUUUCCGAUAUCUACUGCUCGGGCGAACAAGCGCACAUCUAUCUCGGAGUGCUCAAUGAAGACUCUUCCAGACGAUGUGCCUGGGAGCAAGGCCGAACAUACAGGAGCCUUGGCUAUUCCUUUCUGAACAAUUCUCGCCCUGCUGCCAAUCGAUUCGUUGUCGUGCAUGAGUUCGUUCGCAGAGGUGGCAGGGUUGUGGCCGAGGAAAUCGCUUUAAGCGGAGCAAAGACCGUUGCCUCCGACUUGGAGCUCCUCCAGGCACGUCUUGCCCAUGCGCAAACUACUUUUGGCAAUGGCCUGGCGGCGGAAACAUUCUGGUAUUUGUUCGCUCUGUCCGAGAUCUAUCGGGAUGAAUCUAGCACAACCACACUUCCGAGUGCGAAGCAGUUGCAGAGCUUUCUAACAUUGGGUCGUAUGCUUCAAACUACCCAAUGGCCGGACAUACACCUUCUUGCUCAGAUGCAGGCUGUAUUGUAUUCUUUACGAAUACUGAAACAGCUACUAGAUGUCGCGGCUCCUGACGAUGACUUGGAGGAACCUAGGCCACUUCUUGCAAGUUUACCUCCAUUAUGCAUAAUGAUGUCGCGACAAAGAAUAGCUCAGAGCUUUGCCGAUACUCAAUUUGUCCGGAUUGCGGUUCGUCAAUUGUUAAAAACAUACAAAUGA